AUAAUAAUGAUAUAUGAUGUUAUAGUGGUUGGUGCAGGUGCAGCUGGAUUACAUUGUUCUAGACUGUUAAAGAAUGUUGGAUACUCUGUAUUGACAUUGGAGGCCAAUAGUAUUAUUGGUGGUAGAACACGUGUAAAUACUACAUUCACUCAAUGGCCUGUUGAAUUGGGCGGUGAAAUGAUACAUGGUGCAGAUACACUAUAUUAUAAUAUGGCAAAGGAGCAGGGUUGGGAGACGUUUGAAGUGUUCCCCGAGACACUGUUCCAUGAUGAAGAAGGCAGGAACUGCACAUACUUCUAUCUGGGUCGUGAACGACGUCUUGUCAGUCAGGACCAGAUCGAUGAUGACAUGAUCAAGUGUUUCACAGAGUUGGAGGCAUUGUCCGACAUCACACCAUUGCCACCCAAGCACAUCAACCUCAUGCAACAUCUUGCCUCUAAAGGUGUACCUUUCCGUGCCAUUGGUCUUGCCGAUGCUGUCUACUCAAAGACCUGGGGUACAAACCUUGAUCGAAUUGGACUUAGACAAGCAUGCAUUGAGGACAAGAAGGCACAUUUGGAACCGAGGAACUUCAAGUUGCAAAAGUCAUCAAAGGUACUUGUGGACUAUUUAUCAAAGGAUCUGGAAAUAAGGACAAAUUGGAGGGUCAAGUCAAUUGACUACACUGGUAGUGUUACAAGUAUCUCUUCGUAUGAUGGACAGGUCGUCCAGGGAAAGAAGGUGGCUGUUUGUGUUCCACUCACUGUGCUCAAGGAGAAGGAUAUCAAGUUCGAACCAGAGCUGCCAAGAGAGAAGAAUGACGCUCUGGAGGUCAUGCAAAUGGAUGGAGGCAUGAAGAUAUUGCUAAAGUUCAAGGAGAAGUUCUGGUCGCAGAAUCUGGAGCUCGUGCUCUGUGCCGAUAGUCCCGUGCCCCAGGUCUGGAUGGAUGGCGCACCAAAGCGUCCUGUUCCAGCUGGAUCACCAGCAGAGUUUGUAGCCGUCGGAUUCAUCACUGGAGACCAGGCACGCUCAAUGGCUGCACUGCCAGAGGCCAAGGCAGUCCGUGCAUUCCUCGACCAACUUGAUGCAAUGUUUGGCGUUGUUGGCAACUGGACACCAGCCAGCCAAAACUACAUUGGACACUUUGUUUACGACUGGCAGAAGAACCCAUUCGUACGUGGUGCCUACUCCUUCCCAUGUGUCAUCCCAGCCGACUCACCAGUUCAAGAUGAACCCAACUUAAUCUUGGCCAAGAGAGUUUCCGACAAGAUAUUCUUUGCGGGAGAGGCCACGGCCACUCAGUUCGAGAUGGCAACGAUCAAUGGUGCACUUCAGACUGGCAAGAGAGCAUUCGAAGAGGUUGAACAAUCUCUCAAGUUGGGAUCUUCCAAG